ACAGCGAGCAGGAGCGGAGGACGGCGGAGCGAGCCAGCAGCACAGCUCGCGGGGUCAGGAGCAGCAGGUCCGCGCGCGAGCAAGUGAGCGAGCGAGGGGCAUGGAGUCGAUCCGCGCGCUACUGUAGGACUACACACCUGGACUCACCUGUACCUGUACCACACACACGCUCGCGGGCACGAGGAUGAGCGCUGGGCACACGCGGAGGAUAGCACGCGCACGGGCGGACAGUGUCAGGAUGUGUUUCGGGCCGUAGUGAGUGAUAAUCAUGUCUGAUAGUGUUGAUAUUGAGGAGAAGCCGCCCGCCCCCCCGCUGAGAAUGAGCAGCAGCUCCCGCGACUCUUCCCUACACAGCUCUAAACCGCUCCCCAUGGCUCCCGAAGAGAAGAACAAGAAAUCCGCCCGCCUCCGAUCCAUCUUCCCCGGAGGAGACAAGACGAAUAAGAAGAAGGAGAAGGAACGUCCUGAGAUUUCUCUGCCGUCUGAUUUUGAGCACACCAUUCAUGUAGGAUUCGACGCCGUCACCGGAGAGUUCACCGGAAUACCAGAGCAAUGGGCUCGAUUACUGCAGACCUCCAACAUCACCAAACUGGAACAGAAGAAGAAUCCUCAGGCAGUUAUAGACGUUCUGAAGUUCUACGACUCGAAAGAGACCGUCAACAACCAGAAAUACAUGAGCUUCACUUCUGGAGAUAAAUCGGCUCAUGGAUACAUAGCGGCGAACACUCUGAACCGCCUCCUGUCCUCCGGGCCGCCCGUCAGCCUUAGAACCUGCAGCGCAGUGUUUGACCAGCAGCAGGGUGCUAAGACGGCGUCCGAGCCUCCACUGGCUCCUCCGGUAUCUGAGGAGGAAGAUGAGGAAGAGGAGGAGGAGGAUGAAGAUGAAGAGGAUGAUGAUGAUGAGGUUCCACCAAUCAUCGCUCCACGACCGGAACACACCAAAUCUAUCUACACUCGCUCCGUAAUCGAGCCGGCUGCCCCCCCAGCCCCCGUUAAAGAGGUCACGACCCCGCCGGAGUCGCAGGUCCAGCCGGAGGACACCACGUCCAGCACACUGUACCGACACACCGACCGGCAGAGGAAGAAAUCCAAGAUGACCGACGAGGAGAUCCUCGAACGACUCAGGAGCAUCGUCAGUGUUGGUGAUCCAAAGAAGAAAUAUACACGCUUCGAGAAAAUAGGACAAGGGGCAUCUGGGACAGUUUACACAGCCAUCGACAUCGCCACCGGUCAGGAGGUGGCCAUAAAGCAGAUGAAUCUGCAGCAGCAGCCGAAGAAAGAGCUGAUCAUUAACGAGAUUCUGGUGAUGAGGGAAAACAAAAACCCCAACAUCGUCAACUACCUGGACAGUUAUCUGGUGGGGGAUGAGUUGUGGGUGGUGAUGGAGUAUUUAGCUGGAGGUUCCCUCACUGAUGUUGUAACAGAAACCUGUAUGGAUGAAGGACAGAUCGCUGCAGUGUGCAGAGAGUGUCUGCAGGCUCUGGACUUCCUUCACUCUAAUCAGGUGAUUCACAGAGACAUCAAGAGUGACAACAUCCUGCUGGGCAUGGACGGAUCCGUGAAGCUGACGGAUUUCGGGUUCUGUGCUCAGAUCACUCCGGAGCAGAAUAAGCGCAGUACGAUGGUGGGAACUCCGUACUGGAUGGCUCCGGAGGUCGUGACCCGGAAGGCGUACGGUCCUAAAGUGGACAUCUGGUCUCUGGGCAUUAUGGCUAUAGAGAUGGUGGAGGGAGAACCGCCGUAUCUCAACGAGAACCCACUCAGGGCGCUGUACCUGAUUGCCACUAAUGGCACUCCGGAGCUGCAGAACCCCGAGCGUUUAUCCUCUGUGUUCAGAGACUUCCUCAACCGCUGCCUGGAGAUGGACGUGGACCGCAGGGGUUCCGCUAAAGAGCUGCUGCAGCAUUCGUUCCUGAAGCUGGCCAAACCCCUGUCCAGUCUGACACCACUGAUUGUAGCCGCCAAGGAAGCCAUCAAGAACAGCAGCCGCUAGAGGGGCCAUCACACACACACACACACUAUACACUACACACACUAUACACACACUAUACACACUACACACACACACAAAAACAUAUGAAGAAUAUGUGCA